AUGGGCAAGAUUCUACAGAAAAAGAAGGCUCGUUCUGGUCUCUCCAAGGCCAAGGCCAAGAACAACCGCCUUAAGAGCGGUAACAAGAAGAUCAAUGUUCUAGGCAACGCCAUCAUUGCGCAAAACUGGGACCGUGACUUGACCCUUACACAAAACUACAAGAAGCUCGGUCUUCUGCACAAACUCAACGCCCCUACCGGUGGUAAAGAACGCAUCCCCGGACGCAACGACCUCCAAGAGAAAUCAAACUCGCUCCACAUCAACGGCAGCGCCGUUGCCGCCGCGCAGAUCGAUCUGGGCGAGACAAAGGUCGAGCGCGAUCCCGAGACCGGCAAGAUUCUGCGAGUGAUCCCCGACUAUGAGGAGAUCGAGGUUGCCGGCAAGAAGCGGCGACGCGAUAACCCGCUCAACGACCCUCUGAACGAUCUAUCAGACAGCGAAGACGCCUCUUCUCGGGUCAUUUCCAGCUCCAAGGUUGUUCAGCAGUUGGAGCGCCAGGCCGAUAUGGAGGGACAGGGAGAGAAGGCUAAGAAGCCGCGGCAUCAGAGCUCGCGCGAGGGAGAGUGGAUCUCGCGGUUGAUUGAGAAGCACGGGGAUAAUCUCUCGGCUAUGGUCCGUGAUCGCAAGUUGAACCCUAUGCAGCAGACUGAGGGUGAUAUUCGGAGGAGAAUCAACAAGUGGAAGAAGAGCCAGGCAUGA